AUGGGCCAGUGGGUAGGGCCAAGCCUUGGAAACGGUCGGGAGAGUUGGGGUUCAGCUGGUUUGAGUCCCCCUUUUUCUGAUGGGCGUCCUCCAUUCCGUGGCGCAGACCUUCGCGCCUCUCCGCUGCGGGAGGCCCAGGCAGGUGGGGCGGGAGCCGGCUGUGCAAGGGAGGGGCGGGAGGAGAGGGGCGGGGCCUGCGCAGACUCCCACUCCCUCCCGGAGCCAGAGCGGAGCUCAGAGCUGCGGCGGCAGCGGCAGGAGUGGCAGCUGCUCCAGCCGCGUGCCGGGUUUCCUUCGCGUCCCUUCGCGCCGGUCCUCGAGCCCGUGUCCCACCUUCUUUCCCAGUCCGCGUGUCCGGGGCCGUGCGGCCCCCCCGCCGCUCGCGCCACCCUGAAGUUCCUGGCCGUGCUGCUGGCCGCGGGCAUGCUGGCCUUCCUCGGUGCCAUCGUGUGCAUCAUCGCCAGCGUGCACCCGGCGGCCAGCCCGGCCCGGGCGCCCUCCGGGGCCGCCGCCGACAACGACUCGAGCGCUGGGGCCGCGGCGCUGCUGCCCCCCGGGCCGGAGCAGAGCCUGAGCGCGCUGCACGGGCCCGGAGGCUCGGCCGGGCCCCACGAGCUCCCCCUGCCCGGCGGCGGCGGCGGCAGCGAGCUGCUGGCUAGUGCCCGGCCGCUGCAGCCUCCGCUGCUCUUCAGCCGUUUCCUGUGCACCCCGCUAGUCACCGAGUGCCCGACGGCGUCGGACGGGGCGGCGGUGCAGGGCGACGGGCCGGGCUCGGGGCAGCAGCAGCAGCGUCAGCGCGAGGAAGAGCUCCUGGCCCUGCAAAGCACUGCCGAGCAGCUGCGGCAGACUGCGCUGCAGCAGAAGGCGCGGAUCCGAGCCGACCAGGAGGCCAUCCGCGAGCUCACGGGCAAGCUGGGCCGCUGCGAGAGCGGGCUGCAGCUGCCCUUCCAAGACACUGGGCCCGCGGGCCGCCAGGACACCAUGAGCGACGGCCCCGCCUGGGACUCCCCGGCCGUGGUGCGGGAGCUGGAGGAGGCCGUGCGCGCCCUCAAGGACAGGAUCGAGAAGAUCGAGCAGGAGCUGCCAGCCCAUGGGAACGUUUCAGCGGCCACAGCCCGGCCCCUCCCGACUCAGGACCCCCUCCACACCCAGAUGGAGACCCUGGAGGCUCAGCUCCUGUCCAAGGUCAUGGCCCUGGAGAAGGAGCGCUCGUCUCUGAGCAGCAGCAGCCACAAGCAGCAGAAGGAGGUAGAGAAGGAGCUGAAUGCCCUGCAGGACCGGGUGGCUGAGCUGGAGCACGGGGCGUCAGCCUACAGCCCCCCAGAUGCCUUCAAGAUCAGCAUCCCCGUGAAGAAUAAUUACAUGUAUGCCCGAGUGCGCAGGACCCUGCCGGAGCUGUACGCCUUUACCGUCUGCAUGUGGCUCAAGUCUAAGUCCGGGGGAAUGGGGAUAGGCACCCCUUUCUCCUACUCAGUGCCAGGCCAGUCCAAUGAGAUGGUACUACUGGAGGCUGGGCAUGACCCCAUGGAGCUGCUCAUCAAUGACAAGGUGGCCCAGCUGCCAUUGAAUCUGAAGGAUGGGCGCUGGCACCACAUCUGCAUUGCAUGGACCACAAGGGAUGGUCUGUGGUCAGCCUACCAGGACGGUCAGCUACGUGGCUCCAGUGAUAAUCUGGCUGCUUGGCAUCCCAUUAAACCCCAUGGAGUCGUCAUCCUGGGGCAGGAACAGGACACAUUGGGCGGCCGGUUCGAUGCUACCCAGGCUUUUGUGGGCGAGAUUGCCCAAUUCAACCUGUGGGAUCACAUCCUGACUCCGGCCCAGAUCCUGGGCAUUGCCAACUGUACCUCGCCACUGUUGGGCAACAUUAUCCCUUGGGAUGACAAGCUGGUGGAGGCUUUUGGGGGUGCAACCAAGGUGGCUUUUGACUCCUGCAAGAGCAAGGCCAAGGCAUGA